AUGGGGUUUGGAGGGGCGUUGGAGGGACGUUUCAGGGUGUUGGCGGCGGAUCGAAAAGGUAGACCGGCGUUGGAAAGGGAGAGGGGAGAAAGUCGUUGGCCGGUCAGCGAUGUGCGCGAGGCUCCUCUUGGCAUACUCAACUUGACUUUCCGACAUAUAACUGACAUUAUUGCAUCAGUCAUGAGGCCCUCCGGAUCUACUCCGAAGCGGCUCUACGGAGCCGCCGGUGCUUGGAUUCGUAGAGAGCCUGGCGUAUCAGAGACGUCGCAGAGAUUGUCGCACGUUUCAAAAGUCGGGAAAAGCUUAUCCCUGGAGGUCGUGAUGGGGAUCUGCAUUGUUGACGUGGGGAAACAACUGCCAAGUAUUCAGAAUCUUGAUCUUUCAGCCAAGGGUCGCAG